CGCGCAGCGGCUCGCCGUCCCUCGCCGGCCGGGAUUCGACCACCAUGGCACGGAUCCGGCACGAGGAGGCUGCCAGCGCCAGCUCCCGCGCCAGCUCCCGCUCCCGCGCCAGUUACAGCUCCCCCACCACACGUCGCCCCCCACGUUGUUGGCAACCGCCUUGACCGUGAGCCACGACCGAGCGCACCCGCGAGCCGCGACAAGCCGCAGCUCUACUCAGUGUUGCCAUGCUCCUCCGUCGCACACAUGAAAGGUGCAGUUCCUCUCUUGCUUCUGUUCUCGUUCCCCCUCCCAUGGUGGCGGCAGCUAAUGCUUUGUUCCUGUUUAUUCUUGAUAGUCGUUCAUCAGUGUGUCGCCUGCCCUCUUGGGAUUGCCUGCUGCGUUGAGAAGGUUACAUCCAGUGUGGUGCUUCGUUCAUCGGUGUGUCCUCUUGUGAUUGCCUGCUGCGUUGAGAAGCUAACAUCCAGUUUAAUGGCACCACUUCGCCUUGGUGGAAGUAAGAGGACAUAUGCGGAGUAUGCAGAGCCAAAUCCAGCAACGGAUUGCUUAAAGUUGUUCGAUGAUGUUGACGAUUCUCGAGGUCUACCUCAGACUUGGACUAUAAUUGUAAGGAUAGAUGUUAAAUUCCCUAUGGAGCCUAGGUAUCAUGAUAAGCAACACUUCAUCCUUGUCGACACCACUGGUUCCAAAAUUGAAGCAAUUUCAUAUGGCAAUAAAGUCCAUCGAUUUGACACACUACUUCAGCAAGGAUGCAAGUACAUUUUGAAAGAUGUAGUUUUUGGGCCAAACUGGGGGGACCUUGAAUUCAGAAAUAUUGGGCAUCGGUUUGAGGUGACAUUGACCAGAAAAACUCGUGUUGAGCCAUACACCUUCCGACUUCAGUUCCCUCCCUGCCCAAAGCAUCUUAUGCCAUUUCAUGAAGUGAUCCGACAACCCAACAAGACAUUUGUAGAUGUUAUGGGAAUAGUUGUCCAUAUGGAGCCAUUGGAGCAUGUGGGCAAUAGGCUAUAUAGAGAGGUUGUGUUAAUGGAUGCAAGGUGGCACCUUAUUAUUGUUGGGAUUUGUAGUGACCUCUUCUGCCGGAAUUUUCAACGAUGGUACAAAGCUAGAGAUGAAAAGGAAAUUAUAAUUGCCACUAUGCUGCGACAAAACUCUACACACAGAUGCUUGGAGAGCUCAGACCACACAUCACUGGACUUCAACCCAAGACAUCACACAUGGCAUCAACUAGCAACUGUUCGGCGAAUAAUGAUGGAAAGGCAGAAUCUUCGCUUCGUUAACAGAUAUCUUGAAGCAAGAUGGGCAUACUUGGCGACCGUGUUACCACACUGAUCGAUCUGGGAAUCAAGGAAAAUUAGAUGUAGGGUCAUUAGGAAGUGUUUCUAGAUUGUUUGUCACUAGACUAUUUAUCACUGCUAUGUUUUCGAAAUUUGUAUUAAUGUUACCAGAAGCAGACUGCAUUUCCAAUACAUUCAUGGUUGUGCUAUUCAAAAGUGUUUAGUUGAGUGGACAAUA